CCCCAAAGGUUUGGGAUCGCGCCCUGGGUGUACGCGUGGGGUCAGUCUGUGUGCUAGGGGUGGCUCACCUGGCAGCGUGGGUGAGCGGCGCGACAGCGGCGGCGGCGGUGAGCGAGAGCAGGGAGCAGGUGUAAUUGAAGAAUGGAUGAUGAUGAUUUUGGUGGUUUUGAGGCUGCAGAGAUUUUUGAUGGUGAAAGUGGUGAAACCCAAACUACAUCUCCUGCUAUUCCAUGGGCUGCUUUUCCUGCAGUGUCUGGAGUUCAUCUUUCUGCAGCUUCUUCUGCGAUUGUACUGGACCAUGACUACUCUUCUCCUUCAGUUGGCUCCCUUUCUUCUGAGCCCAUCAUUUCGUCACCAGAGAUUACGAAUGCAGAAAACAGCAUUGUCAAUCAAACUGUUCCUAAAACACAGAUUCAGCAAUCAACACACACUGAUCUGGAUAUCUCACUUUUUCCAUUGGGUUUAACUGAUGAGAAAAGUAAUGGAACAAUUGCUCAUGUGGAUGAGUCUGAGAAUCCUGGAGCCAAUGUAUCAAACAUACAGCUUCAGCAGAAAAUUUCAAGUCUGGAGAUGAAACUCAAAGUUUCUGAAGAAGAAAAACAGAGAAUUAAAAAGGAUGUGGAAGCAUUGAUGGAAAAGCACAGUAUCUUGGAAAAAGAUUUCCUUAAAGAAAAAGAACGAGAGGCCAUUUCUUUUCAAGAUAGAUACAAAGAACUUCAGGAAAAACAUAAACAAGAAUUGGAAGACAUGAGGAAAGCUGGUCAUGAAGCCCUCAGCAUCAUUGUGGAUGAAUAUAAGGCACUACUACAGUCUUCAGUUAAGCAGCAAGUAGAAGCUAUUGAAAAACAGUACAUUUCUGCAAUUGAGAAACAAGCACACAAGUGUGAGGAGUUGUUAAAUACUCAGCAUCAGAGACUCCUUGAAAUGCUAGAUACAGAGAAGGACCUGUUAAAAGAAAAAAUAAAGGAAGCUUUGAUUCAGCAAUCUCAAGAACAGAAGGAAAUAUUGGAAAAAUGUUUGGAGGAAGAAACACAAAGAAAUAAAGAGGCAUUAGCAUCUGCUGCAAAGCUUGAGAAAGAAGCAAUGAAGGAUGCAGUUUUAAAAGCCAUAGAAGAAGAAAGAAAAAAUUUGGAAAAAGUCCAUGCUGAAGAAAGGGAGUUAUGGAAGACUGAGCAUGCAGAAGAUCAAGAAAAAGUGUCUCAGGCAAUUCAAAAAGCUAUACAAGAACAAAGAAAAAUUAGUCAGGAAACUGUUAAGGCAGCAAUAGUAGAAGAGCAGAAGCGAAGUGAAAAGGCUGUGGAAGAGGCAGUGAAAAGAACAAGAGAUGAAUUGAUAGACUAUGUAAAAGAACAGAAAAGGCUUGAUCAAGUCAUGCGCCAAAGAAGCCUGUCCAGUUUGGAACUGUUCCUCUCCUGUGCUCAGAAACAGUUAAGUGCUUUGAUAGCUACAGAACCAGUUGACAUUGAAUAAAGAGAACAUGACAAGCUAACCACACUGGCAAUUGAUAAAUCAUUAGACCUCUAAAAUACAUGCUGUGAAUUAUAAAGAUGUUUUUGUUUUCUUUCCAAACCUUAGAGAAUUGG